AUUGGAGGGUGCUGUACUGCAAAAGCUACGGCCCACGAGAAUUAAUGAACAUGGUUGGUAUGAUUUGAGUGUUGAUUCACUUGGCUUUUAACAACAUCUUUACUUGCGUCGCGUAUUGGUGUAAACGACGAUUAUUGGAUCAAGAGGAGUUUCGUUGUGGGGAGAGCGAGCGAGGGAUAUGUAUGCUUGGUCGUAUCAUUUCCAAGAACGUUAAACGACAAUGGCGGCAGUCUCACAGAAGCGUAACAUCAAGACUAAAGCAAAACAGGCACACGAUACAAAGCGGCUCGCACAGGAUUGACGAGGAGAAGUCGCAGUUCAAGGGAAACACUGUCUUCGAAUUGUUGUUUAGAGAUAUCAGAUAAUCCCCUUGCUUCGUUUCCCACUUUCACGGAUUUUCUAUUUUUCUCGUGAGGAAUCUAUGUGCGGCAGGUGUUGAUUUUGGUGGGUAUUGUGAUGAUCAGUAGCUCGAUUACUGCUUGGGUCAGUGACCUUUUUGCUUGCAUAGGUAGUUGUUUUGGAUGUCGCAUGAAACCUACACCAAUUAUAGCUGUGGAUGAGCCAACAAAAGGACUAAGAAUUCAGGGGCAGAAAGUAAGGAAACCAACCAUAUCAGAUGGUUUCUGGAGUUCGAGCACAUGUGAUCUGGAUAACAACGCUGUUCAAUCUCAAAGAAGCAUCACCUCUGUCAGCACAUUAAACCAACUUUUCUAUCAUAGUAGCGAACUUUCUCCCACAGGCACCCAUCCUGAAUUUGUGAACCAAGGCAACUCCCACAUUACUGCUGGUCUUCUUCUCUGGAAUGAGAGCAGGUUUCAGUGGGUUGGAAGUAACAGAUCUAAGAAGCAAAAUAAACAGCAACAAGAACCCCAACUUAAUUGGAAUGCUACUUAUGAUAGUUUGCUUGGGACUAAACAACCUUUCCCCAGGCCUUUACCUUUGUCUGAAAUGGUUGAAUUCUUGGUGAAAAUUUGGGAGCAUGAAGGGAUGUAUGAUUGAGACUGAUUGGGGCUACCGAAGCUGCUUCUGACUUUCUUUUAAUUAAAAUGCAGUCUUUAACUGGUGAAAGGCUUUUGUCCAUACCUGUGAACAGAUGGUUAAAGAAUCAAACACAAGUUUGUCUUCUGAUUGUAAUAUCAAAAGGACAAGAACCUUUCUUAGUCCUCAAAGGAUGAUGUGACCAUAAAUUAUUUAAUUCUCCACAAACUGUAUAGUAUCACAUUGGUACUCAUGAAAGGGUGGAAUACGAAUGAAAUAAUACUAUUGACUAUUGAG